CCGUGUCCCUGCGCAGUGCGCAUGCGCGCAGCGCCGCACCGGGACCGGUACCGGGACGGGACGGGACGACAAUGGCCGUAGGCACGGGCACGUCCCUGGCGCUGUCGUCGCUGCUGUCGCUGCUGCUGUUCGCGGGGAUGCAGAUGUACAGCCGGCAGCUCGCCUCCACCGAGUGGCUCACCAUCCAGGGGGGGCUGCUGGGCUCGGCACUCUUCGUCUGCUCCCUCACUGCCUUCAACAACCUGGAGAACCUCAUCUUUGGGAAGGGCUUCCAGGCCAAGAUAUUCCCUGAGAUCCUCACCUGCCUCUUGCUGGCCCUGUUCGCCUCUGGCCUCAUCCACAGGGUCUGUGUGACCACCUGCCUCAUCUUCUCCAUGGUCGGCCUCUACUACAUCAACAAGAUCUCCUCCACCCUCUACCAGUCUGCAGCGCCCGUCGCUGCCCCUACCAAGGCCGUGGGCAAGGGCAGGAAGAGGAAUUGACGUCCUGGUGCCCCUCCCGGAGCAGCCCCCUCCCCAUGGCCACUCUGGGACUCACCCCCUGCCCAAUAAAGCCAUUUCUUUGUA